AUGGCGGCGCUGCGGGGCCUGCGGGGCGUCCCGGGGCUGCGGCUGCUGCCGGGCCCCGCGCGGCCCGGGCCCGGCCCCCGCGCGCUGCUGCGGCCCCGCGCCCGCCCCGAGCCCGGCCCCGGCGCGGUGUCCCUGUCGUCCCUCCCGGGCCGCUCCCGGUCCCGGGGGGCGCUGGUGGCCGCGCUGGUGGCCGGGGGGGGCUCGGUGUCCCUGUCGUCCCUCCCGGGCCGCUCCCGGUCCCGGGGGGCGCUGGUGGCCGCGCUGGUGGCCGGGGGGGGCUCGCUGGCGCUGGCGCUGUCCCUCGGGGGGGGCCCGGUGAGCGCGGGGGAGCUGGAGCUGCACCCCCCCAGCCUGCCCUGGAGCCACGGCGGCCACCUGGCCUCGCUCGACCACGCCAGUGUGCGCAGGGGGUUCCAGGUGUACCGCCAGGUGUGCUCCGCCUGUCACUCCAUGGAGUUCGUGGCCUUCCGGAACCUCAUCGGCGUCAGCCACACCGAGGCCGAGGCCAAGGCGCUGGCACAGGAGGUGGAGGUGCAGGACGGCCCCAACGAGAGCGGGGAGAUGUUCCUGGGGGCUCUGCUGGGGUGA